AUGGCAAAGUGGGGAGAAGGCGAUCCGCGUUGGAUAGUUGAGGAACGGGCAGAUGCUACUAAUGUUAACAACUGGCAUUGGACAGAGAAAAAUGCAACCCCAUGGUCAAAAGAUAAAUUGAAAUCAUUGCUGGAAGGUCUUGUCAUAGAAGAUGACGCUUAUCACUGUCAAAUAAAAGACAUCACAAAGAUUGAAGGGGAAGCCUCAGCCAACAACCGAAAGGCUAAACUGUUCUUCUUUUAUGAGUGGGAAAUCAAGGCUGAAUGGACUGGAAAGUUUAAAUCAGGUGGAGACAUGUGCAAAGGUGAGAUUGAGAUUCCUAAUUUGAGUGAGGAGCACACAGCAGACAGUGUCGACAUCAAUGUAUCUCUGAAAGAGAACCAAAAUGAUGAAGGCGCUUACAAGAUCAAAGAGUUUAUCAGAAAUAAGGGCUUGCAAGUCAUCAGGCGACAACUUCAUAACUAUAUUAAGGAGCUUAAAGAAGAGUUCAGCCAAGGAAUGAUCCUGCCAACAAAAGAUCAAUCAGCUCCAGAUCUUGUCUCUAAAAAUAAGGUGACAAAUUAUCAGGCAGAAGUUGACACAUGUACAAACAGCAGUAGUAGCAACAAACACUGGAUAGAAGUGCAGGGUGGAUGCAAAACUUACGAUGAAACUGUCGACUUCAAAUGCACAGUCGAUGAAAUAUUUACUGUCUUUGUUGAUAGGCAGAAAUUAGAGGCAUUCUCUCGGGGGCCCGUUGAGGUUGAUGCCAGAAUUGGAGGUAAGUUCUCAUUGUUCGGCGGCAACAUUACUGGAGAGUUUACAAAUCUGUUACCUUACGAGCGCAUAGAAAUGAAAUGGAGGUCGAAAACAUGGCCCUCCCCGCAUCACUCGUCUGUCGUUCUGCAGUUUGAUCAAAAGGACGACUGCACUUACGUCACUUUACACCAAUCUGGUAUCCCUGGAUCAGAUUACGAGAGGACAGUAGAAGGCUGGAAGCAUUACUACUGGUUCAGCAUCAAGCAAACAUUUGGUUUUGGGGCCAUGCUGUUUUAA